AUGGUGUGGUUCCACUGCGAGGACUGCGGAGAUACCAUAAAGAAGCCGAAGCUCGUCAACCACUACCGUUCAUGCUCCGCGAGCCGCUUCUCGUGCGUUGAUUGCCUUCAGUCCUUCACGCGAGCCACUGUAAAUGGCCACACAACGUGUGUCACCGAACAUGAAAAAUAUGCUCUUGCCGCUACCAAACCCGGCGGUUUCGCUGCUGGAGGACUCCCGGCUAACCGGGAAGGCGGAUCCGCGGCUGGCACCCCCGCGGAGCCCACUGGGCUCGAGUUUCUUUCCACUAGGCCACCAUGGAAAUGCAGCGUAUGCAACGUCAACUGCACCAGUCGGGAGACGCUCAUGAGCCACGGCGCGGGCGUAAAGCACAAGCGACGCGCCCGGGCAGCCCUUGCAGCCGUAAACGGCGGUAAUAAUGGCCAUAACGGCGCUGCGCCGAAUGGUGGCACAA